AUGUCAGAUGCAAUAAAUCAAGCUAAACAAGAUAUUUCAGAAGGUCAAGAUAUAGAGUUUGAAAUAUCACUGGCAAUGAAUAAAACAUCAACUUCAAUUGAUAAACUGGAAAAGGAAAGAGAUGAAUUGAUUAAAAAGGUUACAGUGAUUGAAGAAACAUUAAAAGAAAUGUCAAGUCAAUCAUUGACAGUAGAACAAUUGGAAAAAAAGAAUAAAUUGGAAGCCUAUUUGAAUGCAAGCGUUAAAAAGUCUAUUCAAAAUCUGGACAAUGAAAUCGAUAAUCUGACAAGACAAUUGUUAAAAUUGAAUGAUACUAGAGACAAGGUAUUAUCAAGACAUGUUUCGGCUCAAGAUGGUAUUGAUUCGGCAAUUGUUUUACCUCAGGUUGAACCCAUUAGAUCAAAUAAUGAUCAAGUACUUGGUGCAGAUUUAAAUAAUCAAAAUAAUCAAAAUAAUCAAAAUAAUAAUGAUAAUAAUAAUAAUAAUAAUACCAAUACCACUACUACGACAAAUACUACUACUACUAAUAAUAAUGAUAUUAAUCAUUUAGAUGUUUAA